CAAUUAACCUAUUUUAAAAUUAUUUUGUGAGUUUUCAAAUGUUAGGCGUAAGAUUUACAUAAUUAUAGAAAAAAAUGCACCGACAGCAAUUUUCAAAUUAUAAAAGGCAACCGCUAUCCCUACUACUAGUGCUUAGGCCGAAGCCCCAGACGCGGACGGCAGACUCCCCAUUUCCUCGUGUGUCGUUUUCGUUUCAUCCGGGCCCUUUUUCGCUCGCUAUUGCUCGACUGCUGGGACGCCCCGGUCGAAAUCCGACGGUCGAAGCGGCGCCGUCUGGGAUGGAUCAGCGGAGGCGGGCGGGGAGCCCCAACUACGGGCGGCAGACGGUCGGCGGCGGCGGCUACUCGGCUCCCUCCUCGCCGGCGCACCCGAGGGCGAAGGAGGCGCACGCUCUCCUCCGGCUGGCACAAAGAACGACGAGGCCCCGCCACCACCACGACGACGGCGGCCAUCUCCGUAUCCCCGCCGCGUACAGAGGCGGGUCGCCGCGGCUGCCGCCACCGUCCGGCAACCCGACGAUGGAGAUCAGGUCGAGUAGACGUCCCUCGCCUAAGGCGACCGGCUAUCUGGCGAUGGACGGCGCGAGAGGCAAACCUGAAAACAAGUCAUCCUUUAAUUUCCAAUUUCUUUUUCGCUUAGAAGUAAUCUAAGUCAUCCAAGCAACAAUUCCCAAUUUCUAAGUCAAUACGCUCUAUUAUAGAAUUUAAAGUUUUAUACGCAUAGAUUUCCUAUUAUGGCUCUUAAUAAUUUAUUUAUUUUAUUUUUACUAAAAUUAUAUCAUUAUCAAUUC